GUUUGAUAAAUCUGGGCCGAUGUUUUUUUCACAGCUGUGUAAUAAAGAGCAAUGUUUCAAUAAUAUAUUUUGUCCCCAGCAUGAAAUCCCAGCAUGAGCCCCAAUCAGAAAGAAUUGCACCCAAAAAGCAUGUUGUUUCUGAAGCUGGAAAUUUCCGUUUUAGUUCAUUGCCUUCAGCUCUAAAGAAGUCAGGACAAUUGCAUGUAAUAGGCACUGGCACCGACACUGGCUGCAUCUGAGCUCCACAGGGACCAAGAACUAUAUUUACAAACUGAUCCCGGAUGGCAGAAUCUGGGAUAUAAGGAGAGUCAAAUUAAAUAUAGAACCCUGUGCUACAUAUGGAGAGCCUAAGGUCUUAAUGUGUUGCUGCUCGGUUCACUACGGAACAACAGCGCAGAGAUUGUGCCUAUUAAAUAAGAUAUGACUGAGUAAUUCUGACAGCCACAAGGGCAAACUGAUACAUGAGUCUCGCUGAAUAUCAAGACGUAUAAGGACUAAAGGUGCCUCAAGGUGACACUAAUGGAAAUUUGCAGAGCUUUUAGCAGAAUACAAAAUACAAAUAUUCAAAUUACCUUCAAUAGGGAAGUGGAAGUCUACCACAAAUCUGCAGAGUAUUCUCCAUGUGAAAUUAAGGAAGGUUUAUAGAAGAAAAACCAUCACAAACUGCCUGAAAAUUGCCAUACGUUGAGCAUACCUGACCCCAAAAACACUAAUUCUCAGCAAUAACAAGAUAUCGCUUGUAAAGAAUAGAUCCUUUCUUGGAUUGAACUCCCUUGAGAAACUAGAUCUGCGGAAUAACCUGAUUAGCACCAUUCAGCCGGGGGCCUUUUAUGGACUUUCUGAACUGAGGCGUCUGGAUCUGUCCAACAACCGGAUUGGAUGUCUUUCACCUGAAAUGUUCAGUGGACUCAACAAUCUCCACAAACUAAAUAUAUCAGGAAAUAUUUUCUCUACCCUUGGACCUGAUGUGUUUAAAGAGCUCUUAUCCCUAAAGGUCAUAUUUUUUAACACAGAAUCACUCACCUGUGACUGCAAUAUAAGGUGGAUUUUAACAUGGGCUGAGGAAACUAUGGUUCGUAUUAGUGAAGACACGGUCUGCAUGCAUCCACGAAAAGUCCACGGACGAGCAUUUCACUCCAUAGAAAAGACCCAGCUGACCUGUGAAAUGCCUCCAGAAUUACCCAUGUUCCAAAUAAUUCCGUCACAGAAGCAGAUUGUUUUUCAUGGAGAUCGCCUCCCAUUUCAUUGUACUGCAACCUAUGUGCCGGGCACCAGUGGAAUUAACUGGCUUCAUGAUGGACAACUGGUGAAGAGCAAUGAGGAGCAUGGGAUCUUUGUGGAAGAAAGUGUAAUACAUGACUGUUGCUUGAUAACACGUGAUCUUAUACUUUCCAGUGUUGAUGUGGGGUCUUCAGGUGUUUGGGAAUGUCAAGUGAACACUUCCUAUGGAAUCAUAUCUAAAAAAGUUGAGAUUGUUGUCAUAGAAACUGAAGCUCCUUAUUGUCCCAUGGAAAGAAUAAUCAACAACAGAGGAGAAUACAGAUGGCCUAGAACAAUAGCUGGAAUGGCAGCCUUUCAUGCCUGCCGACAGUUUUCUCUCAGCACGUUGCUCUACUCCGAUACAAUAGGAGAGCCAAAAGCCUGGCGAAAGUGUGACAGAUCCGGACUCUGGACAGAAGAAGAUUAUUCGGCCUGUCCUUUCUCACAUGAAGUGACAAGACUUCUUUAUGCUUUAAGCCUGGUGCCGGUAAAUGACACCAACGUCCUUGAAUAUGCUGAACAACUAAUGACCUCCACUGGGGGAGCCGCUGACUUUACUGAUAAGAUGGAUGUGUUGCUUGUGGCAGACAUGAUGGAAAAGAUGAUAACCUUUGUGGGACAGAUCAAACAUCUUGGGGGCAUUAUAAUAGAAAUUGCAAGUAAUUGCAUGUUGGUAAAAGACCACAUUUUGUGGAUGGCACAGAAUGAAGCUAAAGCCUGCACCAGAAUAGUGCGCUGUGUGGAACAGAUAUCCGGGCUGUCACUGAACAGUAAAACACAAGUCUUGUCUAAGGUUUCCCUUAAUAUCGCACUGGAGGCCGUCCUAAUCAAACCAGCAAGCUUUAUUGGCAUGACUUGCGUUGCCUACCAGAGAACAUCUGCACAUUCGGAGAGAUCAUUGAUCCAUAGUAAUGAGGACGUAGAUUCAGAGAAUAUUCAGAACCACAAUUUAAUUUUAAAAUGUACUUCUGGCAGUCUGAACGGCUCACUGGUAAACUUCUCAGCAAAAAACACUGUAGCCAUCGCUUCCAUUCAUUUGCCACAGUCUGCCUUUGCACAGUCUCCUUCAUUGCAAUCUGUUGAUAACUCCAGUUGCAAGCUCCAGCUUAUUGUCUUUCGGAAUGGAAAACUCUUUCCGACCACUGGGAACACAUCCUAUCUUGCAGAUCAGGGAAAACGUCGGGCGGUUGCUACACCAGCUGUGCUUUCUAAAAUAGAUGGGUACAAUACUGGAAACCUCAGUCAUCCAUUGACCAUAGCCCUGAGACACUUUACAAGUGGUAUAGACCCUAUUGCUGCCUUUUGGGAUUUUGACCUUCUUGAUGGACAUGGAGGCUGGUGCGGAGAAGGUUGCCACAUAAUUACCUCGACAGCCAACAUAACCACCGUUCAGUGCACUCACUUCGGUAACUUUGCCGUGCUAAUGGAUUUGAAGACCGUGCUGUCUCUUCCUCAGUACCCAGGGGAGUUCCUGCACCCUGUGGUUUAUGCAUGCACUGCUGUUAUGUUGUUGUGCCUGUUCGCAUCUAUCAUCACCUACAUUGUGCAUCACAGUACUAUCCGGAUCAGCAGAAAAGGAUGGCAUAUGCUCCUUAAUUUCUGUUUCCACACUGCGCUCACUUUUGCUGUGUUUGCUGGAGGAAUCAAUCGAACAGGCUACCCUAUAAUAUGCCAGUCAGUUGGCAUUGUCUUGCAUUAUUCAAGCCUGUGCACAGUGUUGUGGAUUGGUGUGACUGCGAGGAACAUUUACAAGCAAGUUACAAGAAAACCUCCUCAGAACCAGAAUAGUGACCAGCCUCCAUUCCCAAAGCAACCUAUGCUCAGGUUUUAUCUUAUAAGUGGCGGUGUCCCCUUUAUUAUUUGUGGAAUAACUGCUGCAACCAACAUAAAAAAUUAUGGAAAUGAAGACAACGCACCUUACUGCUGGAUGGCUUGGGAGCCAAGUCUUGGUGCAUUCUAUGGCCCUGUCGCCUUCAUUGUUCUUGUCACCUGUAUUUACUUUCUAUGUACCUACGUGCAGCUAAAGCGUCAUCCUGAACGCAAGUAUGAAUUAAAGGAAAGGACGGAGGAGCAGCAGAGGUUGGCAGUUGGAGAAAUUGGUCACAGUCAUAUAACUGAGGCUGGGUCAGUUGCCCAGGCAGCCUGCUCCAUGAUUUCAUCUUCACUUUUGGAAAAUGAGCAUUCCUUCAAGGCCCAGCUCCGAGCUGCGGCAUUCACUCUCUUUCUGUUUACAGCAACCUGGACCUUUGGGGCUCUUGCUGUAUCUCAAGGGCAUUUCUUGGAUAUGAUCUUUAGCUGCCUUUAUGGAGCAUUUUGUGUAACUUUAGGCCUCUUCACUUUAAUACAUCACUGUGCAAAGCGAGAUGAUGUUUGGCAUUGCUGGUGGUCUUGUUGUCCGUCCAAAAGAAAUGCAUAUGCGGUGCCAGCAAAUGCACGCCAAAAAGUGAACAUAAAUGGAGAUGCGCAGGGUCAUGCGACCUGCAUUCAGGAUUCACCAUGCCCUAAUAAAUCACCAAUGUACAACCACCCAUCUGUGGGUCAUUGCAAACUUACCAAUUUACAAGCUGUGCAGAACCAUGUAAACUGCCUCUCACCAGUCACACCAUGCUGUGCAAAGAUUCACUGUGAACAACUUAUGGAGGAUGAAGCUCGUAUCCAUGUGCACAAUGAAGGUGCUUUUCGACCCAACAUGCACGUCCACAGGUGUCUAAAAAGCAGAACUAAGCCACGCUACUUCAGUCGACAUAGGUCAGCUGCUGAGAGAGAGUAUGCUUACCAUAUUCCUUCUAGUAUUGAUGGUAGUAUCCAUAGCUCGCACACAGACAGUCCACACAGUACACAUGAGGGCCAUACAGGCCACAGAAGGGGCUGUUGUGUAGCAAGCGACCCUUACCCUACCAUCAACCAGCCUGAGAGCAGCGAUGCAAGUACUGCAAUAUUUAGUUGUGGCAAAAUGCCUGACUCUGACACUGUGCACCAUACUCACUUUGAGAUGCAACCAAGGAGACAAUCAUAUCCAUUUAAUACAACAAAUCCUAAUGGGUUACUCAAGUCUAGCAUGCAUGAAGCCAUGAUGUAUAGUUCCGAUAAUGCAGGAAACGUAAAAACGGGGCCAUGGAGAAAUGAAACUACUGUGUAGUUCUGGGCUUAGGUCAUAUAUCUUUCCUGCACUGGUAAAGAAAAACAAACAAAAAAACAAAAAAAAAAUGUACGCCAUGUUUUUAAAUUUACUUGUUAAGUGUCUGUACAGCACACCAGUACAUGUACAAUGCUUGGUUCUGUUUUGUUAUACAAAGAAACCGAUAAUAAUGUGGCAAUUGUGAAAAUAACAUGUUAAAAAGGAAUAACAAUACGUGUACUGCAAAGAACCAUGAACACAAAAGGUGCAAAGUAGAUCGAAGAGGCAAUAUCCUUUUUCUUGUGUUAUCUCUUGGCACACUUCUCUGUGUUACACUUGCUACUGUUACCAUGACAAUAAAUAACGCUGAUCAUUUUUCUAAUAUGUUCUACAAAUUGUACUGGUAUACCAAAUAGAAGUUUCCAGUGUAUCUCAUGUCAGACAGAUAUCACUUGUUUCCAUGUUGUCCUUAGAGGUGUCUUCAGAAAAUGCCCAAAAUGCCCUGAAUAUUUGUCCAAAUGCACAUGGAAUAGAAGGAUUUCCAUUCGUGCUUCACUCUUUCGACCAUUAGCUUCCACCUUUUGCCUAUGCACAGUGGAGGAUGCCCCAUUUUCUACAUCUGUAUGCUUAAUAAUGGAGACUUAACAUAUUCUGCCUUCAUCUGCUUCUAAAGUCUUACUAGCUUUUUAUGCAGCCAACUUACAGCAGAAGGGCCACAUGCAGCCCUUAAGUACCUUAAAGCGUACCCGUCAGAUCCAACAAAAAUUUUUUUAUCACUCAGUACCUAAUCCUGACCAUGUACAUCUAAUUUUUAUGUGUCUGGCACCUUUAUUUAUUUUUUUAUCACACUUUUAAUUUCGCUCACUUGUCUGAAUUUCUCUCAAAGGGAGGGGGCGUGGCCUCACUGUGCAGGUCUCCGCCCCCUCCCUCAGUAUUCUGUCUGCUCACAUCUCCCCUAGCAUUAGCAAAGCUACAACUCCCAGCUUGUCCUCACUGACAGUACUGGGACACAAGCUGACAGUGGGAGGAUUUUCCUCCAGCUAUGAGCCCUGCGCUCACAGCUGUCAAUCAAGGAAGUGUGUCCAUGACAUAGGUGAUGACGCAUGGACACAGCAGGACUAGUAUGUGUCCAAGCAGGCAGGGGGGGCAGUUGUUUGACUGGCUUUUUCAGUAUGAAUACUGAAAAUGUUCUAAUGAAAGCAACCUAUUGGUUUUGCAUACUUUACAACAUAUCAAAAGUUUUUGUAUCUAACAGUGCACAUUUAAAGUAACUGUCAUUUGAUGAAGCUUUUGUUAAAUGAGACAUGUCAAAAUUUUGAUCUAUCUGCAGCUGGGUCUUAAAAACCCUGACCAGUCACUAGAACUAGUCAGAAUAUGUGCCUGGCUUAGGGCUCCUACCCUUGUCUUACUGCACUUGGCAGAUUCCAUAGUAAGUCUAUGGAGCUUAUCUCCUGCAGUAAGUCGGGAAGAGAAGAUCCUGGCCAAACACUUCUCCCAGCGGCAAGCCUUCUAGCAAUCGGUAAGGGUCAGAGCACUUCUAUGACAUGUCAAAAAUAUUUGUUAAAUGAUUUACACAUAGUGAAGCAUGCUACCGUCUCCUGAUCGGAGGGAGUCUUAGUACUGAGACCCUGGCCAAUCAAAACUUUUGGCAUGUGACGUCAAAAGUUUUUUUUUUAAACACAGGUACACUUUAAAGGGGCACUCCGGCCCCAAGACAUCUUAUCCACUAUCCAAAGGAUAGGGGAUGAGAUGUCUGUUCGCGGGGUCCCGUCGCUGGGGACCCCCACAAUCUAGCAUGCAGAACCCAACUGUAAGCACUGCAGGAAGCGUUGGAGGCUCUCAGUGUUAUGCCUCCUGACCACGGGGACGGAGUAUCGUGACGUCACGACUCCGCUCCCAUGUGACGUCACGCAGGAAGAUCACGGGGGUCCCAGCGGCGAGCCUACCGCGAUCAGACAUCUUAUCCCCUAUCCUUUGGAUAGGGGAUAAGAUGUCUUGGGGCCGGAAUACCCCUUUAAGGCUACAUUUACAUCUAUGUUGCUGACUUCAUAUCCUGCAAUAUUGUUUCUUGUAAAAUACUGGAUGCUGUUUCCCAAAUCCAGUGGACUUAAAGUCAGUGAGAUCCAUUAGGCUCCAUUGGUGUCCACCAUUUGAAGGAUCUGGCACCACCGUUAUUUUUGUUAUUUUGUUCCUAUAAUACAUCAGAAAAAUGGAAAUACAAACACAAAUGACACCCUCAAGAAAUAACUUCAUAGCUUGUUAUAGCAAUGUUUCUCAAUUCCAGUCUUUGUUAAUCUCCAGAUGGAUGGAUGUCACAGUUGUGUUAAAAGCCACUGCAGAAAAAUGAUCUGAUCACAGGCUGUCCAGCUUCCUUCUUCACUACUGAAGUUAACCUGUGUAGCACUGCAGGAAAAACACAACACAUUACCCAUUAACAUGAAUGAGUUGUCUAUGUAUGCUGGAUAGGGGAUAAGAUGUCAGAUCGCCGCGAUCCCGCUGCUGGGCAGCCCCGGGAUCCCCGCUCU